UCCGCCUUCCAACAUUUUUAGAGUGACGUGUUUAGUUUAAAAUCGAAAGCAGAUGAGAUCUCAGACUGUUGUAGCCUAAACAUCGCGAGUGCAUCUGAAUACAACUUUUAUCGCGAAGUACUUUCUUGUGAAGAGACAUUUUGAAAAAAAAUGCAGGGAAACACCCAGACGAGAAUUCAGCAGAAAGAGAAAGAUAUGGCGCUGAUGGAGACUGUGGCGUCUCAUGAGCACUUUUUAUCCUCAUGCCACAACUUGAAAAUGGAACAAACUACAGGAGGUUUUAAUUUUGUCCUACUGGGAAGAACAGGAGCUGGGAAGAGUGCAUCAGGAAACACAAUACUGGGACGAGAAGCUUUCAAAUCAAAGAAAAGCUCUAGAUCAGUCACACAAGAUGUAGCUGUUGAAUCUGGAACUGUUAAAGGGUUUCCAGUCACUGUUUAUGACACACCAGGAUUAUUUGAUACAGAGAUGAGUGAACAGAAGAUUCAGCAGAAAUAUGAAGAGGUUCUUCAGAGAUGUGAAUCAGAUCUCUGUGUGUUUCUGCUGGUCAUCAAAGCUGACAGAUUCACUGAAGAAGAGAGAAAAACUGUGGAGAAGAUUGAGGAGCUGUUAGGAGAAGAGCGCUUGAAGAAAACCUGGAUUCUCUUCACCAGAGCAGAUGAAUUAGAAAAUGAAAAUAUGACAAUAGAUGAAUUCCUUGAUGACACUGAACCACUGAAGACACUCGUUCAGAAAUAUGAUCAGAGAUAUCAUGUGUUCAACAACAAGAAGGAAAAUAACAAGCUGUUACAAGCUGAAAUGCUGCUUGCAAAAAUAAUUAAGUCAUACAUGGACACAGAAGAAGAUGCAGAGAAGAAUCCAUGGAUGAGGAAAAUACCAGACAACAUUGAACCAGACAGUCUCUCCUGCUAUCCUGCUGCCAGUCCCUCAUCCAGACGGAUUGUUCUUCUGGGUAAAACUGGUUUUGGGAAGAGUGCAGCUGGAAACACAAUACUGGGACAGAGAGAGUUUAACUCUGUGAUGAGAAUGAAUUCAGUAACCAGUGAAUGUUCAGAUGCUCACGCCACUGUUUCAGGCAGAUCUGUGUCUGUAGUUGAUACUCCUGGAUUCUUUGACACAAAGAUGAGACAUGAAGAGUUAGUGACAGAGAUAGCGAGAAGUAUUUAUAUAUCCAGUCCUGGACCGCACGCUUUCCUCAUUGUGUUUCCUGUGAAUAUGAGAUUCACUGAUCAUGAGCUGCAGAUUCCUCAGAUCAUUGAGAUGUUGUUUGGUAAAGAAGUGUUAAAAUACUCCAUCAUUCUCUUCACUCAUGGAGAUCAGCUAGAAGGAAAGUCUGUUGAGAAACUCAUUGAGGAGAGCAGCAGAUUAAGACAUCUAGUUGGUCAGUGUGGAGGCAGAUAUCACGUCUUCAACAAUAGAGAUGUGAAUGACAGAAAGCAGGUGAAUGAUCUACUGAAGAAGAUUGACACAAUGAUAGAGCAGAAUGGAGGAGGACACUACAGUAAUCAGAUGUAUGAAGAUGCUGAGAGAUUCAGACGAGAGGAAGAAGAGAGAAAACAACAAGAGGAGAAACGAAGACAAGAUAAAGAAAAGAGGAGACAAGAGGAGAUUGAGAGAGUGAAAAAGGAGAAAAUCAGAGCAGAGAUGGAAGAUCAACUGAAGACUGAACAAAAGGGACUUGUAGUAAAGAGACAGAAAGAGGACAAGGAGAGAAAACAAAAAGAGAAACAAAGACAAGAGGAGACUGAGAGAGUGAUAAAGAUGAAGGGGGAAGGAAUCGGCGCAGAGAUGGAAGCUUUAGAGAAUAAAAUACAAGAGGAAAAAGAUGGAGCAAAUAAAAAAGAGACUGGAUUUACUCAAUUUCUAUCCAAGUAUUGGUGCUGUAUUUUAAAAGGUGUAGCUCUGGGUGGAUUGAGCGUUGGAUUGUUUGGUGGAGUGGUUGGUGCUGCUACUGCCAAAUGUGGAUUUGUUUUAUAUGGUGCUGGAGUAGGUGCUUUAGUUGGUGUUGGAGUUGGUGCUUUAGUUGGAGGUGGCGCAGUGUAUUACGUCAAAAAACGUGAAGAGGAGAAACAAAGACUAGAUGAAGAAAAGAGGAGAAAAGAGGAGAUUAAGAGUAUAAAAGAGGAGAUUGAGAGAAUGAGAAAUGAGGUAAAAGACAUGGAAGCUGCAGAGAAGAAGGCUCAACUUAAUUUUGAAAAAGAAAGCAUAGUAAUAAAGAGACAGAGAGAGGACGAGGACAGAAAACAAGAGAAACAAAGACGAGAUGAGAUUGAGAGAGUGCUAAAGUUGAUGGGAUAGAUUCCGAGCAGAGAUGGUAACUUUUAAAUUGUGCCUAAAACAUAAAACACAAUUCAUACAUUUCAAAUAAAUAUCAAGUCACCUUUAUUUAUAAAGUCCUUUAUACAAUAAAGAAACUUAUUUAACCCAUCAUUCUAUCAUGUAUUAAAGGGAUAGUUCACUUUGAAAUUAAUUUUUGAUAUGUUUUAUCUUACCUCAAGGGCAUCCAAGAUGUAGG